CACUGUCAUAUCACAAUCAUCGCCUCGUGACCGUCAUCUGUAUAAGAAUGCACGUACGGGGCAUUUCGUCCUCCACAAUGAAGACCCACAGCAUGUUGGCACUGUUUCUCGUUGCCGUUCUGGUGUCUCCGUCUGCUUCCCUGGAUACAUGUGAAAAAGUCUCACCGUGCUCAUGUCAGAACUCGGAAGGUCUGAUCGACCUCUCACCUCUGGCCAAUGUUGAAGGGACGGCUAAGUAUGCCGACCAGCCGGACGGUACAGGCCAAUGGUAUUACUCUUUCAACCCGUGUAAUGGCUUCACAGAAGGACAAUGUAACAACGUUGCGGUUUGUCAGACGGACAAAACUGCAAGCUACUUCAGCCUAGGAACCCAACAGUCUGCAGCGUUCAUAACAGACGCCACACGCGGACUCCAGAUGCAGUACAGCGCCACUACUGAUACAACAAGAACAAGUUAUGUAUCACUCAUAUGUGAUCGGACGACCACUGGGAGCUUCGAGGUCAAUGGCGAAAACCCACCUGGAAGCGGUCUUUAUUACUUCACACUGAGGAGUGUCUACGCUUGCCCUGGAGGUCUUGAUACCACCACGACGACGACGGCGACUACAGCUGCUCCUUCUCCGAGACCAGCCCCUACUUCAGCCCCAUCUCCAUUCUUUACACUCAAGAUGGUUGUCAUUUUGCUUGGAUGUGUCGUAGGCUGUCUAGCCAUCCUGAUAUGUCUUGCAUUUGUUGGCCUCGUGACCCGGAGAUCAUCAGAGCAAGAAUUGCCCCUCUCUUUCAUGACAAGAGGAAAUUGGUUUCGUAAUUCUAUUAAAACCUGAUUAAAACAGUAAGAGACAUUAUACGUUAUGAUAUCUGUUGUAUAAUGUUAAUGUUUAUAAACAAAAACAAAACAAUGAAGGGUAUUUGAAGGAACCCUGAGGUUGAAAGAUGAAACACUGUUUUCGAACUAACCUAUUCCCACACAAAUCAUUGUUACGCUAGACGCUGUAAAUGAAUGACCUCAAAUAAAGACCAUGCAACUGAA